GGAGCAAACGUACAAACCGAUCGAUCUUUUCGGUAUACCCGCGUCUACAAUACUUGAUGGAUCCAUCGAUUUGGAUAAUGGUAAUUGUGAAAUAACAAUGAAUGCAGUCUCUCCGCAUUUGGAACUGAUCGGUCAAUACAAGUUCACCGGAAAACUGCUCCUUUUCCAAAUAAACGGCUUCGGAAGAUGCAACAUCACCUUGAUUAAUUUGCACACCAAACACACUAUGAAGUGCGAACAGUUCGACGUUGACGGUGAAGAGCAUCUGAGGGUGACCGAUUAUGAAUUGGACAUGAAUCCGGAAAAAGUCGUGUACGACUUUGAAAAUAUGGUCGACGGGAAUCGAGCUAUAAGCGAUGAAGUCCUCAAAGUGAUGAACGAAAACAAUCUGGAUGUUUACGCAGGGAUCAAGAAGGAUUACGAUAGGACUUUCGCAGAAAUCUAUAAACAUAUUACGAACACAAUCUUGAACAAUAUUCCCAUCAAAAAACUAUUCUUGCUAUGAUUUAUGAUGAAUUGUUCUUGAAAAAUGUCUGUUAGACUUGUUACAUGUUUAGUUAAUUGUUAAGUAGUGUCAGUUGACUCAUAUUGAAAGUGUUGUUGUUUAUAUCAAUUUAUUAUAAAGAGUGAAGAUAAAGCUUGUAAAGGAUUUCGUAAAUGAACUGGGAAACAUCAGUAUCAAAUUCGGAUCAAUACAGUUAACGUGCUUAAAAAAAAAGUACUUGAAAAUAAAAACGUUGGAUUCUC